UAUUAAAAAAAAAGAUAAACGGAGAUUACAUGACGAGUACAAUAAACUCGUUGAAGGAUUAAUGGUAGCUGGCCAAGAACGGGAUGAAGACGUGUAUAUGUCAAAUCCUAUUUUGCCUGACGAUUUGUCGCAUGAGGCUGUGCCUGGAAAUAUUCGGCAAGCUGAGCAUUUUGUAGCUUUCUUGCGUCGUUUUGUAGAAUACCUUAAAACUAGAAUGCGAGCGCAACAGGUUGUUGCUGAAACUCCAAUGUCAUUCCUUCAAAAUUGCAGAGAAGUUACAUUGAUUGAACGGCAACCUCUGAGUCAAAGGCUGACUUCAUUAGUUCGAACAUUAGAGUUGUCAGAUCUCAAUGACUAUUAUGCGUUACAUAAAGUCGCAGCUUUUGCAACUCUUGUAGCAACUUACGAAACUGGAUUUAUGUUAAUUUUAGAGCCUUUGAAAAUCUCUUCUACACAAAGAUUGAUCAGAUGUGCGAA